GUCUCUUCCGAGCCCCCGGCCUCCAUAAGACCCAAAACAGAUGACGCCUCCUCCCAGUCCCCUGCGCCCUCCGAGAAGGACAAGCAGUCCGGCUGGCUGCGGACGCUGGCUAGCUCCUCCAGCAAGAGCCUUGGCUGCAUCCAUCCCCGCCAGCGCCUCUCCGCCUUCCGGCCCUGGUCCCCCGCAGUCUCGUCGGGCGAGAAGGAGCCCACCCCACACCUCCCAGCCCUGAUCCGCGACAGCUUCUACUCCUACAAGAGCUUUGAGACGGCCGUGGCCCCCAACGUGGCCCUGGCGCCGCCAGCCCCACAGAAGGUUGAGAACAGCCCGCCAUGCGCCACCAUCGUCUCCCGGGCCCCCGAGCCUCUCACCAUCUGCAUCCAGCCACGGAAGCGGAAGUUGGCUGUGGACACACCCGGGCCCCCAGAGACGCUGGCACCCGUGGCCGCCCCCGAGGAGGACAAGGACUCGGAGGCCGAAGUCGAAGUCGAAAGCAGAGAGGAAUUCACCUCCUCCUUGUCCUCGCUGUCCUCCCCGUCCUUCACCUCAUCGGGCUCUGCCAAGGACCUGAGCUCCCCAGGUGUGCACGCCCCACCCGCAGCCGCCCCUGACGCCACAGCCCCCGCCGACACCCCGAGCGGGCUGGAAGCUGAGCUGGAACACCUGCGGCAGGCCUUGGAGGGUGGCCUGGACACCAGAGAGGCCAAAGAGAGGUUCCUGCACGACGUGGUGAAGAUGCGUGUAAAGCAGGAGGAGAAGCUCAAUGCAGCCCUGCAGGCCAAGCGCAGCCUCCACCAG